GAGGCGGGUGCUGCGGCCCUCGCGCUCGGCUCGGCGGCGCUGCGCUCAGCUCAGUUCGAUUCGCGGCGCGGUCCUGUCCAGAGCUCGACGCCGGCCUGCUGUGCGCGCCGCUCCGCCGGGGCCGAGCCGACUCCGCGUCUGUCGUGCGAGUGUCUGUGAGUGGUGUGUGUGUGUGCGCGUGCGUGCGUGCGUCGCGCGCCGCAGCUGGUCCUCAGUUGAACCCCGAGCUGUCGUCAUUCGAGCCUGGUUCAAAGUUCAAACGUGUCGUUCACCCCUUACCUACCCCCCUUCCCCCUCCUAUCUCGCCGGUGUGUCUUCGGGCAAGUGUGAACCCCUCCCUUUUUCACCCUCUCACGAGUGUUGUGGCACGGCGGAGUCUCAAGUGCCCCCCCCCCCCCCCCUUUCCGGCGAAUUAGUGAAGAAUACACCGAAUAGCAGGUGUCGAAGCAGAGAAGCCUGCGUGUGUGUGUGUGUGUCUGUGUGAGGGUGCCCUGCACCGGCCAGUGACGUGGGCGUGUAGACCAGCUUGUACUGUGCGUCCAGAAGACUUGCACCUGGACGGAUACCUCACGGAUACGCCAUCUCCCCUUGCGAGUGCCGACGACGGCGCCGCGCGGCCCAGGACGUACCGUCCGCGGCGGCCCGACCCGCGAGGACUGCGUGGAUGUAGAGUGGGGGCUGCGGGAGCUCGCGAACUCGAACGGGGGGAGCGCCAGGAGCCGGGGCUGGACACCACCAGCAUGAGGUCGGAACGCUAGCGCCUCACCGACUCGCCACGGUGAUGGUCCGGUGGAAUCAGUGAUUGCCCAUGGCGCAGCCCAUGGCCACGCCCAUGGCGCAGCCCGGCAUGGCCGACAGAUGGGGGGCCCGCGACCCCAAGGGGGCGAAGGGGACAGCACCAGAAGGCGGCGACGAGGUGCAGCGGUCCCUGGAGCUCCUGGACUCCGUGCUCUCCGAGUUCGACGACCUGGAGAACGGCAAUCUGGCGGCGGGGUCGACGCCGGGGCCUCCCACGGGCUCGACGGUCCUCCCGGCCUCCGCGUCGGCGCCCUCGAUGCAGACGGCGCGCUCCAUCCGGAGCAUCGCCGGCUCUGGGACGGGCUCCGGGUCGGGGUCCGGGUCCGGGUCGGGGUCCGGCGAGGGCGAGGGCGACCUGCUCAUCUCGAGCAGCACCCCGGAGGAGGACAGCAGUCCCUCGCUCUCGCUCUCGCUGGGCGGCCACCAGUCCGAGGAUGACGGGUACAUGAGCAUGAACGGGAGGCGCAACAAGCUGGCGCUCAACUUCAGGCCGCACAACGGCACGGCGGGCGUGGCGGCCAUCCGGAGGGGCAGCGCCGACAUGCUGACGGCGCCGGACAAGCCGCUGCCGCCGCCGCCCGCCGCCGGGCUCGACGACGGCGCCGACUUCCCGCCGCCGCCCGAGGAGGCGCAGCGGCUCAUCGCCCACCUGCUGCCCAGGGUGUCGCCCGUCGCCUCGAUGCAGCGGGGCUUCGUCGGGCUGAGCGGCAGCCGCAGCAGCAGCAGCAUCACCCCGCAGCGGCUGCAGCAGCAGCAGCUGGCCAACCUGCAGCAGGCUCGACGCCAGCUCGCGGCCCUGUCGCCCACCGAGCCCAGGAUCACCACCGCCACCCAGACCACGCUGCCCAUGACGAGGAAUCAGAGGCCGUUUGGCUGGGAGAGCGACGGCUCGGGCAAACUGCCUCCGCCUGAUCGCUUCGCCAGCCUGCCGUACGACUCCAACGGGCCCCAGGCGCACCGUGUCCAUCAGCCGUCCUGGCUGCCGCCUCGACCGCUGGCUGCCACCGUCCACAGCAAGCGGAUGUCCACUGACGAGGAGCACUUCUCCGACGACUCGCUAGAGGAUAUGCCCCCACCGCCGCCACCCCCGCCCCUCGAACUGCAGCCUGACCCCGCCCUGUCCAAGCGGGGUAGCAUCGCGUGGGAGGUGCCCCUGGACCAGGACCCCCUGGCGCUGGACGUGCCCGACUCUGUCCUCACCCCCGGCAGCACCAAGGUCGUCGGCAAGAGGAGGAGACGGCAGUCCACCGAAAACUCUAGUUCAACAAGUUCCUUGCACAAUCUCAAGGACCAGGACGACUGGCCGGACCCUCCCAGUAGAGAGCACGAGCCCACGUCGCCGUCCUCGUGCCUGGGCCACGACGAGGACCUCUACGACACGACCAGCAACUUCCUGCCGCCGUCGCUGUCGGCCAGCGACCUGUCCUCCAACGGCACCUACGUCAUCCGCAAGGGGCGCAAGAAGGAGCGGAAGCCCAUGCGGAACGUGGACAGUCUGCAGUACAACAAGGCCCGGCUGCAGCUCAAGUACGCCGAGUCGAAGCGCUGCAGCUACACCUUCGACGACCUGGUGGACAUGGCGCUGUCCAGGGAAGAGGACCCGGAGGCGGACGGGCUGACGGACCCGCCCCCGGAGUUUUCCCCCGCCGGCGAGUACCCCCUCGUCAGGGUCGUCUCUCUGCCGUCCAUCCCGCACGUCGAGGAGACGCUCCACGUGGUGGACGAGGCCGUCAACACGGACGAGGAGAUGCGGCAGCAGGAGGAGCGGCUGAUCCAGCGGCUGCAGGGCCUGGCCGUCACCCCCGAGGAGGACGAGCCGAGCAGCAGCCUCAUCUUCAACGACGCGGACCACCAGGACGACUCGCUCGAGCCCAUUAGUAGCAUCGCCUUCGACAGCGCGCCCCCACCGCCCUGCGAGGACUUCCGCGACGGCGCGCCCCUCUCGCUCAUCGAGGAGCAGGCCGAGAACGCCAACGACGCCGAGGACGCCGCCUCCGCGCACCACCGGGUCACCGUCAACACCCAGGUCGGCGGCAAGAUGAGCACCAGGGAGCUGGACGAGAUCGCCGAGAUCCAGAACCGCAAGAAGCUGCCCCCGCCGCCCGCGGCGGACAGGUUCUCCUCCCCGCACGCCGACUACUACAACCUCAACAAGGACCGGAUAGCAGAGAACUGCCGUAUGGCGGACGUUAGGGAAACUAAUCCAACCAAAGACCUGUACAGGCCGAGAAAGUCGGCUUCCUCCAACGACGUGUUCAGCGACACCAAGAGCUUCCCCGACCACUCUCACUCGCUGAGCUCGACCCGGGAGCGGGAGGAUAGGCCCGUCUCCAGAAGAUCCUCGACGGACAGGAGGCGGCACCACCAAAACAUGGCCGCCGAAAUGAACUCGGUCGAGCGGUGGAGGACUACCCAGGACAUGAACCACGUUCAAGUGGUGCCCGUCGUGGAGAGGAUCCCGCCGUACAGCCGGAACGGCGGCUCGGCGCACUCGAGCCUGAACCGCAGCACGGCCGAGCGGGACAAGGACAAGCAGGACGCCAAGAAGACGCACACCGUCACCGUGGAGGUGAACCAGCAUGACUUCGGCCCGCUGCCGCCGUCCCCGGUGGACGAGUUCGAGGAGGACGAGUACUCCGAGAUCAUGCACCCGAGCCCGGCUGGCCGGGGGAAGGCCGACACCCUGCCGGAGCGGCCGGACCAACCCUUCUACCAGUGCCGGGAGCCCCUGGGCAGCGACCCCAGCGGCGCUCGGUACCUCCACAGGCCGCCCGAGCCGCCGCCGCACGGGCAGCGCGCCGCGGGGGAGAGCCGCGACCCCAUGCACAGCCUCAAGACCAGGUCCAUGGACGCGGGCUUCUCUAGGGGCUUCCGCAACUCUAGUCAGAGCUCCGCUGUGCGGCGAGAGUCACCGUCCACGGCGGAGCGGAGGACGCUCCCCAACGACCUCCCGGGGCCGUCCUCGCACGUGCGGCGGCGCGCCUUCCAGAAGCGCAGCUCGUCGUCGCCGCAGGAGUCCGGCCUGCAGACGUCGUGCUCGCUGCCGGAGACGCCCAUCUUCGCGCGCGGCUGCGACAUCCCGAGGACGCCGCACCGGCGCGCCCCGGACGUGCCGGCCGGCUCCAGCAGCUCGGCCAGCAUGCGGGCGGGCAGCUCGGGCACCACGGCCUCGGCGUCGGGGUCCUCGUCGCGGCCGCUGCAGACCAGCAGCUACCACCGCAAGAUGGGGCCCAACGGGCUCGGCCUCGGCCUCGGCACUGGCGUGAGCCUGGACUCGGGCGGCCUCGGCCAGGCGCUGGUGGGCGCGGAGCUGCUGCGCAUGACGGGCGGCCCGGCGCGGGGCUGGUACCCGCGCCACCGCACGCCGCGCCCGGCCUCCAUCGAGCACCUGGACAGGGUGGCGGCUGGCCCGCACCACAGCCCGGCGCUCUGGGACGCGCGCGACGCCCGCAAGCCCAUGACGCUGCCGCCCAACAUGACCCCCAAGUUCUUCCACCGGUCGCCGCGGGACGCCCUGCGCAGGGUCACCAGCCUGCUCAUCAGAGGCAAAGGUAAGCCUGCUCCGCGAAGCCGUUUGAAACGCGCGCGCGCCGGGAGGGACCGUGGGUGUGGCCGCCGGAAGUGGCUCGUCGGGCUGGACCGGUGCGUCACCGACGGC